CCACAACCCAACAAUAUAUAAGAAGAUCAUAACCCCUCCAACAACCUAAUCGCCCCCUCCGUCCUUCCCUCAUAAUCAAACCCAUACCCCCCUCCGCAAUCCCGAACGCCUUAUGUACAAAAAUGGACCCACUAGCAUCAUCGACAAGCUCGGAAGAGAGGGGCAUCCGCCGCAUCGCCCGCGCCCGCACCGCUAUCGGCCACGCCCAAAGACCACGGGGAAAUCUUUUCCAUUGCGUUCUCUUUCCGCCCGCCCGAAAUCAGUCACCAGAGCCUCUGGAUUUGAAGAAUUACUGCGCCGCAUAUAGCGCACGGAAACAUUCCUCGUAACCCGCCGAAACGAAACCGAAUCAGACAGUCCAGAAUGUCCGCUGACCAGAAGACGACCAUGCGCGCGGUGGUGUUCCGCGGCCCGCUUAAGGUGGCUGUGGAGGAGCGCCCAGUGCCUCGGGUUAAGGAGGCCGGGGAUGUGGUUGUUAAGGUCGCUUAUACGGCGCUUUGUGGGAGUGAUCUCCAUGUUUAUCGCGGGAUUGAGCCAGCCGGGCAAGGGGUUGUGAUGGGGCAUGAGGUUACUGGGGUGGUUGUGGAGGUUGGGGAUGCGGUGCGGUCGGUGAAGAAGGGGGAUUCGGUUGUUAGUGCUUUUACGACGUCUUGCGGCAAGUGCUGGUACUGCUCUCAGGGGCACUCUUCGCGAUGCGAACAGAAUGUUCUGCUGGGGUGCGAUGAUUUGGAUGGCGCUCAGGCUGAAUAUAUCAGAAUCCCCAAUGCGGAUGGCACGGUCGUCAAGACCCCCGAAGGUGUCGAUGAGAAGCUUCUGGUGCUCAUGGCCGAUAUCUUCCCAACGGGUUACUUUGCCGCGCGCAAUGCUUUCAAGGCAUCUACCCCGGAGCAGAUUGCAGAGCAAACGGUCGUCCUCAUCGGCUGCGGGCCAGUCGGGCUCUGUGCUUUGAUCAACGCCCUCGAGUACAAGCCUAAGCAUCUGCUGGCGGUAGACUCCAUCCCCGCGCGACUCGAGCUGGCCAAGUCGCUCGGAGCCGAGCCCUGGAAUUUCCAGACAGACCGGGAAGGCCUGGACAAACGCGUGCAAGAGUUGACGGGUGGGCGCGGCGCAGACGCGGUCAUCGAGGUCGUGGGCUUGAGCCCGGCAUUGAGGACCGGAUUCGACCUGCUGCGGCCGUUCGGUACCAUCAGCAGCGUUGGUGUGCACAAUGGCGAGAUUCCAUGGAAUGGCAGCGAGGCCUACGGCAAGAACCUGACGAUCCACAUGGGACGAUGCCCUGUGCGUUCAGUUUCCGAGCAGGCCCUGCAGGUUCUGAAGAAGAACCAGCAUCUUCUUGGGUUCAUGGCCGACAAGAUCAUGCCCCUUUCGCAGGCGGUCGAGGGCUAUGAGCUCUUCAAUGCGAUGAAGGUACAGAAGGUGAUCUUCGAAGCCGAUAAAUAAGUUCUCCGCAUUGCAUCUAGUGAAGCAGAAAUCUGUUGUUGGGAGCCCUCAAUCAGAUACUACCUUGGAAAGCUUAGACAACCACAGAGACUAUACUCGAGGGGGAAGGGGAUGUAGUCGUAGUAAUCACAUUAGCUGGAAAGUAGUACAAGCGAAAACGAAAACAAGCAGUGGCACCAUGGCCAUCGAGUCAUCCGGGAGAAUUCUCAGAUCAGCAAUCAGAAAUCAAAGAGAGACAAGCAAACACCCGCAGGUAGGGUAGUUAGAAAGUGGGAGAAAGUGG